GUCCUGCUACUGUUACUAACUACUACAAGUAUUUCAGUUCCUCUCUGUUCCUGGCAGACAUUAACGUUCUGUCACAGAAAACCGCUUCAUCAUCUUCGAUCAUCUGCAUAUAAUAUAUAUAUAUAUAUAUUACGUUAAAGCAAAGACAUGCGAACUUCCCCCAGAUGUCCUGCCCUACUUUUAUCUCUUCAUAUCCUUGUUCCUAUUUCCAUUUUCAUUUUUAUUGGAAUAAUUGAGAGAGAGAAAGAGAGUACAUGUCCCUUUCUCUCCAACCCCAUUCUCAGUUCCUACUGUCUCUCAGUGACAUGGGUCUCCCCCCAAUGUAUAUAAAUACACGUAUACCUGGUACUAGUAUUACCACUGCUAGCUAGGACUGCGCCUGCACAUAAUAUAUGCUUGUAGAGAGCUCCGAUCAAUUGUUGAUCGGAUAAUAUGUUCAUGGCAUCACUCAAUUCCUCAAAUCAUGAUCAACAGGAAGAGGACCCCGGCUCAGAUCUGCAAUACAACCAUCAGAUUAUCCCCGAACCAUCUCGGGAAGGUUUCACCUCAGCAGUGUCAAAUGCAACCCACAUGCGUCAAUUACUUACUCGUUGCGCUGAACUCAUCUCUAGGUCCGACUUCUCCGCUGCUCACCGCCUCGUCUCCAUUUUGUCCGGUAACUCGUCCCCCUAUGGAGACUCCGUUGAGAGGUUGGUCCACCAGUUUGCCAAAGCCCUCUCCCUUCGCCUUAAUAAUUGCUGCUACGCUGCGGCGGCCGCUGCAACUACCACCACUAGUGCAGCAUCAGCAUCCAUAAUAAUGGCGAUUACUCCAACUGCGGCCGCUGCUGCUGCAUUAACUAACGAUAGGAACAAUGUAGACAUGACAGAGCCAGAAGAGGCUCUUCAGUCAUGCUAUCUAUCGUUGAACCAAAUAACCCCAUUCGUAAGGUUCAGCCAUCUGACGGCCAACCAAGCCAUCUUGGAAGCCAUAGACGAAGGGCAGAAGGCCAUCCACAUCCUUGAUUUUGACAUCAUGAACGGUCUGCAAUGGCCUCCUCUGAUGCAGGCCCUUGCCGAGCGCUCCUACCCUCCUCCUAUGCUUCGCAUCACCGCCACAGGCCACGAUCUAAACAUCCUACACAGAACCGGCGACCGCCUUUUGAAGUUCGCCCAGUCCCUCGGCCUCAGGUUUCAGUUCCACCCGCUUCUUCUCCUUGGUAACAGCGACGACGUCCCAGCUUUUCCUCCCGCGCUUGCUCUCCUACCAGACGAAGCCCUUGCCAUCAACUGCGUGCUUUAUCUGCACAGGCUCCUUAGGGACGACUCCCGUGGCCUACGCCUCUUCCUCCACAAAAUCAAGGCCUUGAACCCCAAGGUGGUUACCAUUGCCGAGAGAGAGGCCAACCACAACCACCCUCUCUUCGUGCAGAGAUUCGUGGAGGCCUUGGACCACUACACGGCGGUCUUUGACUCCCUGGAGGCCACGUUGCCCCCUAAUAGCCGGGAGAGGGUUACUGUCGAGCAGGUAUGGUUCGGAAGAGAGAUCAUGGACAUCGUCGCUGCAGAGGGAAACAACAGAAGAGAAAGGCACGAGAGAUACGAAUCGUGGGAGGUGAUGCUUCGGAGCUCGGGCUUUUCCAAUGUUCCCUUGAGCCCCUUCGCGCUUUCGCAGGCCAAACUCCUCCUGAGGCUCCACUAUCCUUCUGAGGGUUAUCAGCUGCAAAUUCGCAACGACUCUUUAUUCCUUGGCUGGCGGAAUCGAGCUCUUUUCUCAGUAUCUUCCUGGCAGUGAAUCAAUAUCCUUACCCCCAACCCAGUUUCCCAACGCAAUAAAGAUCCGAUAUGGUUUGAGGUCGAUCCCUCCAUAUUUCUCUCCCCCCCCCCCCCCCCCCCCCCCCCCCCCUCUCUUCUCCCUCUCUCCCCUUCGCUUCAUUAGGUAUUAAACCCCAUAUUGUAAUUAACAAACGAGCAGUGUCAGUUAAGUACGUGGUUCCUACAUGACUACAACCCACCCAAAUUUGAGACCACCCCCCCCCCCCCCCUCUCUCUCUCUCUCUCUCUCUCUCUCUCUCUCUCUCUCUCUGUCUGUAGCUAGCCUUGAUCGGUACACUUGCAUGGGCAUUUGAAUGCGUUGUGAACCUGUACUUUGCAUGAAAGCAUUGGUGAAGAAACAGAUCGUAACGAGCCAGCCUGCCAAGUCCCGUCACCUUAUUUCGAUCGCUUAGCCAUGCUCCUAAGGUUGGUCUUUUCUUGGGUACUGAAACUGAUGAAUAUUUUUGCAGGUUUAUCGUUGCCUUUGAAAUAUAUUGUUUGCCUUUGUCGCCUUUAAUCUCUUUCCCUCUUUCUAUAUGAUCUUUUUGCUUGAACUCAGUAGUUCUGUCAGCAAUUCCUCUUCGGCCUUAGGAGGAAACUUAUUGCUGAGAGCCUGAGAGAAGUAUAUUUUAAUUCUAGAGUAUAUUCGAUGUAAAGUCAUAGAGGCCGGUUGUCUCCUAGCACCGGUGUGCCGGUAUAAUUUCUUCUUGGAUUUUGUUUUCAUUGUAUAUUCUAAUUGCUUCACUUGAUUGGUGCUCGUAUUAA